UGGAACUGCCGAUACGCUUUACCUCGAAUCCACAGUUUUCACAGGAACAGGUGUGAGCUCCACAGCCAUAGAGGUGUGUUGUGGCUAACGCUGAGGUAGCUAAAGAAACAGAACAAAGAAACUAGAGAGGAGCACUGGAACAACACAGACCUGACCCUUUAUGAAGGUGGACGGAGUGACAAUGACGCUGUCUGCCUGACUAUCUGUGCAUCUCCUCAUUAUCAUUCUCCCUCCCCCUCUCCAUCCAAUCCCCUAGUCCUAUCUACCAUCCCCCUGUACACCACACACAAAGCCAAACAACCACCACCACCCAUCUCUAACAACGUCUCACACACACACACACACACACACACACAUAUAGACACACACACAUUCGCACACACACUACCCCUGUCUCCUGGAAAGGGAUUUAAAGAUUCGCAGCCUCUCAUUUGUAAUCAGAUGAAAGAGAGGAUUAUCUCAAGGUUUCCUCCAUCUUGUUCACAGCCAGGAUAGAGGGAGGGAGAAGGAAGAGGAGGAGACUAGUGGAAGGGAGGGCGCUGUGGAUGGUGCGUGGCGAGAGAGGGGGGGAGUCACCUGUGGAUGUGAGGGAAGGAGAAGCGCUUUCCUUUUCCUUUCCAACAUCCUGGACUAACAGGGGUUCUCCGGGGAUCCUGGGGGAUAACUGGACUCUGACACUGAGUGAUUGAGAAAGAGAGGGAGAGGAGGAGGAGAGAAAAGGAACAUAAGGCACGGAUCUCAUAUUGUUCCUGAAAGGGCUUUCCCAUGGCAGAGAGUGGGCAUCCUGUGUCUGAGUUAUACCCACCAGAGGGCAGUGUUUCCCUUGACUCUGCCCUCUUUACCGACCCCUUUUUACCCCUCUCCCAGAGCUCCACAGAUGGGCUGACAGGUCCCCUGAGGCAGGAGGAACUCAGGAGGAGCUCCAGUGAGCAUACAGCUCCAUGCUCUAACAGAGACAGAAAGAAUGACAGCCAGGGGCCUACUCAGGCUGUCCAGCACACCAUCCAACAACAUGUGGACCCCAGGACUACUGUUCGCCCUCACAGUAUGGCUGAGUCAUCAUUCACAGCCCAUCACCAUGAACAGGGCAUCACCAGCCAUGGUCACCAAGCCAGCGGGGACGUGUUAUCAGCCUUCGGAGAGAGCCAGGAGCCUUACCCCUCGUCAUCAUCCCAGAAAGACCUGAAAGGACUGGAUCUGUACAGGCUGCCUGUCCAGAGGAGUCACUCGCAAACCCUCCACAUGCUCAGGGAGGUCUCUGCCCCCCCACCCCGCAGUGAGACCAGCUGCCCCUUGUAUCCAGGGAGAGACUCUCCUCAGGCCUUCUCCGGGUUUGCCUGCAAGCAGCCCUUGCAGGUCCAGAACUGCAACACUGUCAACACCACCGGCAGAGGGGGAAAUGGUAGAGGAGGCAGCCCCACACAGCAGCCUCAGGCCGGGAGUGUCAGGGUCGGUGCCCCAGGCCUCUCUAACACAGCCGCUGAGGUCGGCGAUGAGACCCAACAACAACAUUCAUGUGAGGAGGCCAUCUGCUACUGCGCUUUUGUCCAUCACCACGGGGCGUUGGAGGACACGUUUGCGGCGUACUGCCACCCCCUGCCCAUCCUCGCCACUGCCCAGUUGAUGCCACGCUUUCCAGGCACCGAAGCUAAGUUCAGGGACCAGAGGGUGCUGCCACCUCACCCGGCACCUACCCUCAUCUCCCUCCCUUGUCUCAUGUCCUCUGGCAGUGAGACAGGACUGGAUGCCAAGCGCCUGCUGCAAUGCUGCAACCUCAAUUGCAACCUCAACUGCUCCUGGGUCAACACUCUGCCCCCUAGUGGAGCCCUGCAGCAGCAGGAGAAUAGUUGUCCUAGCAGCAACAAUAUAGCCACCAGGGACACAGGGACUAUGACAUCCCACAGGGAGCUCAGGGACGUGGGGGUGCAGACUGGGAAGAUCCACGAGGCAUGCCUGGCCCAUGUGUUCCCCCAGGUCUGCCUGGUGGAGAAGAACAGGAACGAGAAUGGGAACGAGAGCGGGAAUGAGACGGAUACAUCCCAGAAGUCCCCAGUGAAGGAGGUGAAGUGGGAUGCGGAAGGGAUGACGUGGGAGGUGUACGGGGCGUCUGUGGACCCUGAGGAGCUUGGUCUGGCCAUCCAAAAGCACCUGGAGCUGCAGAUCAAGGAGACGGCUGGCCGCGCUGCUAACCUUUCCUGCCAGGAUACGGCCACGUCCAGGAAGAGCAGUAGUGGCGCCGGCGACAGGAAGAAGAGGGCCGGGGUGAUGGGCUCAAUCAGGACCCCAGCCUGCUGCGCAAGCUCCAGCACGGCUGUGGACUGAUGGGGGGAGACCUGAACAAUGUGCUUAGUGGUCAAGUUGGCAGCAGCUUUAUUAUGCAUCAAAUGUGACCCCAACACACCAGAGACAGUGUGACCAGCCUCACAUAGUGAAUAAGAUCAUCUGUGUGUCAGUCAGAAUAUUGGCAUAUGUACAAGAACCUACCAUCAUAUUGAUAAAAGAGGUGAAUGGACAGAGAGUGAAAGGUUGUAUUUGGAUGGAAUUAAUUCGUAAUUGUACCUUCAUCAUCAGCAUAGAUGCCCAGUGAUAGAACAGAGCGCUGCCACAACAGUCAAACAAAGGGAUACAAUUAUUUAUUUAUCAUUUUGAGUUGAUUUAUUUAAUAGGGGGGAAUAACUAGGGGUUUCUGUAAACAGACAAGCUAGAAGUUAUUAACAACACAGAGUGGGAAAAGAAAGCAUCAAUACACCAUAGACUUCUAGUCACUAUGGUUGGAAAUAUAUGUCUAUCUUUCUCAUUUCUAAUGCUAGGAUUUAAUCAAAUUCUAUGUGAAUGUUUGAAGCAUACAGUAGUUUUCGUUUUUUGCAUUUCUUUUCACAUUAUUUCUACUGCCCCACAUUCACAUUGAAAAUGUAGAGAAGUUAUCACAAUCCUGAUUUAGCAGUACUUCAUUCUACUGGCAUAUAAAAUAAGUCCUAAACUAACCUCAAAUUCUGUGAUCUCAGAUGAUUCAUCCAACACUGUGAUGCAACGGAGAAUACCGUGACAUAGAGAUAGCGUUAACAGACUGGAAAACGUUGAUCAAGAAAGCUGAAAGAUCUCAUCAGAUAUCAUUCAAUAUAUUAAUGCACAUAACAAAAGGCCAAAUAGCCUAUUUGUGAAUAAUACUUUCUUUCAAUUUUUCAACAUUGUCAUAAGAACAUUUAUUGCAUUUGACCCUGUACUUUUAUGUCUCAAAAACAUUAUGGGUAACGGAUCUAAUGUGUUAUAUGUUCUGCAUGAUGAUUGUCUCAAAACCACAGCCAAUGUUUUAGUCAUGUACUGUAUCUAACCAGAGGGUUAAAGGUUAACUAUCACCACUGUAACAGUAUCUUAUCAAUUUACUGUGCCAUAAAAAUGUACUGAUUGGUAGGCCUAUUGUAAAAUGGAUGAGUUACAACAACCCGGUCAGUUUCAUAAACCUUUCAAGUAUGCCACUUCCAUAUUGCGUUUGAAAAAGAUUUUGCUCAAUCAAUUAUAACCAGAUUUAAAGUAGCUUUUACUGUUGCUACAAUGCAGGAAUAACUGUUUUAUCAUUAAAUCAGUAAUAUAAUGUUUAAGAACGUUAUUCUUGUGUAUUAAAUAAUUACCAAGCUUGGCAUUA